GGGCGCCUGGCGAUGCCAUGCCCCCGCGUCGCCUCCCCUACGCGUCUGCCAUGUGGACCCGCCUCGGUCUUCCCCUCCGGCCUCCGCGCAACCACAGCAAUGGCCAUGGUCUUCCCCUCCACGCAACCAGCAACCGCCAUGCCCCUCGGUCUUCCCCUCCGUCCUCUGCGCAACCGCCAUGGUCUUCCCCUCCGCGCAACCACAGCAACCGCCAUGCCCCUACCUCGCACCAUCCGCCAUGCCUUCGCCUCGCAGGAUCCGCCAUGCCAGCGUCUCGGCUUCUCCUCCGUUCAGCCGCCCGACCCGCCGCCUUCCCCUCCGCAAAACAGCCAUGUCCCCGCCUCGGCUAACCCUAUGCGCAGAUCCACAGCCGCCCGACCCGCCAGGACCUGCCUCUCCUUCCCCUCCGCGCUCAAACAACCAAGCCGAGCCGAGGAAAUGCGCCCACAAAUUUGGACGCUCCGCGCAGCCACACGAACUGCCAUGCAACCACCUCGCACGAUCCGUCAUGCCCCCGCCUCGCACGAUCCGCCGUGCCAGCGCCUCGGCUUCCCCUUCGUGCAACCGCCCGACCCGCCAGGACCCUGUCUCUCCUUCCCCUCCGCGCUCGGCUUGGCCCACAAAUUUGGAAAUGCACCCACAAAUUUGGAAGCCACGGCAAUGGCGCCCGAUUUGGCUAUGGCGUCGCUGAUUUGGAAAUCGCACAAUCUACGUCGCCGAUUUGGAAAGCACGAUCUCGGUACCGCAAUCACAACAACUAUCCCCCAAAUGUCGCGCCCACCCACGUCCAGCUGACUUAGGAGGGUCCAAGCAGGAGCCUACUCCUCAUUUGCCCCUGUUCAGAGAUUUCCUUAUGUGAAAACGAAGAACCAACAUAAACGAAUCUAAUGGAGCAUAAUGCUGAUCGCACACCAUUAAUAGACAUCUCAAACACAAGCGUUACAGGUGAUCAAAUAGGAUCAAACUCGCUUGGACCAAUAGACGAUGCUAAUGAACGUAAGAGGCAAAGGGAUAGAGAAAGAUAUGCCACGAUGUCCAUUGAACAAAAGAAUGAGAAAAAUAGGAAGCGCCGUGAAGCACGUCAACGAAACAAAGGACUACCCCUAAAGUCUGAGUCAUCUAGAGGUCCUAUUAAAAACACUCCAUUGGCUGGUAAUUCUAUCGAACGAAAGAGGCAAAGGGAUAGAGAAAGGCGUGCAACAAUGUCGGUUGAACAAAGGAAUGAGUACAAUAACAAGCGUCGUCAAAUGCGUCAACGAAAUAAGGGACAAAAUGUGAUGCCCGAUGUUUCAGGAGAUGGCGACAAAAAAGAAAAUGUGGAUCCAGAUGAUGAUAGCGACUGGCUGCAUCGGAACGAGACAUUCCAGUCAAACGACUAUGUCGCAACGACAGACCUUCUGCCACCAGGCAGUGUGCAUGAAUCUGUUGGUGUCAUUGGGGAACCGAGUAUCGGCGUUAGGGAGUAUAGGCUUGAACGCCUUAGGUUGUAUAAUCAGACACCAAAGCGAAAAGAGGCAAAGAUAGAGUACGUGAGAAAACGUAGAGUGCUACAGGCUGACACUCUGAAUGUUGCGUCCAUCGCCAUGGAGGACCCAACAUAUACCCCUGAGGUUGUGCACCCUGCAACGGAACCUUCAACAGUUACCACCUGCGACUGGGUUAUCCCUGAAUUCAUUAGGACACCUUUCCUACCAGCUCAAACACAGACCGAGGAUGUCGGUUCAUUCGAUAUGUCUACUGAAGCAAUAAGACAUAAACAUCAUGUGCCGCGUGGGGAAAGACAAGCUAUCUUAGCCCGUCGAAACAAACAAUUUCAAGCAUCCAUUGCAAGGAACGUGACUACUUUGAAUGGGGAUACUAUCGGUGACGCCAACAACAAUGCACAAUGUAGCGUUCCAUGCCAAGCCGCUACCUUGCCAACAAAUGGAAGUGAAGGCAUAACCGAACAAGGAAAUGAGGUGGAGCAUACACAAGAGAAGCCAACGGUCAUUUCCAAUGAUGAUGAUGAUGAUGAUGAGGCUGUCAUAUUCGAAGAAGAUGAUGACAACGACGAGGGAUACAUAUUCGCUGGCCAAUGUACUUAUGUCAAUUUUUAUUAUGAUUAUGAUACCAAGGCUUAUAUAAAUACACAUGUCUUAGUCGUUGUUUUCCAAAAAAUAUCAGACGAGGAGACUGACGAGGACAUCGAAAUCGAUGGUACUCAGGAUGAAUCUACUGGCACUGAUGUGCCUGACCCGUACGACAAGGUAUACAGUAACCUCCCUGAAGAAACACAUAUGCUGAAGCCUGUUCCUGACUGCGGUUAUUGCACUGCGAAGAAGUUUGAGUACGAGCCACCUGGGUUUUGCUGUCGUGGUGGGAAGGUUGAGCUAGCACCACUCGAUACCCCUCCCCAGCUCAGGAGGUUGUGGGAUAGUGCAGACUCUGAUGCUAAGCACUUUCGUGAUAACAUUAGGUUUUUUAAUGGCCAUUUCUCUUUCACUUCCCUAUACUGUUGCCUCGAUAGUAUGACAACUAAUGUGCGAGAUUCUGGUAUAUACACGUUCCGGGCACAAGGCAUGAUGUACCACAAUAUCAAGUCAUUCGGUAAGGAAGGUGGGUCGGAGCAUAAACAUCUAGAGCUUUACUUUUACGAUGACGAUCCCAGUCUCGAGCAUCGGUACCGUAAGUGUCGUGAAGAACAGCUUCAGAAAGACAAAGAUGUUAUUAAACAGAUAGUUGGCAUACUCCAUGGAAACCCGUACUCCGAGCACCUUAGGAGCAUGGGCCAUGUUGAGAACCUUGAUGACUAUCAUAUCGCAUUGAACCUUGACCAGACUUUGAACCAGAAGACAUAUAACACGCCUCUCACUUCGGAGGUGGCCGCUGUAUGGAUCGAGGGGAGCGAACGGCGAGGCCAGUUCAGCAAGAGUGUUAUGUUACAUGGGAAGGAUAGGUCAAGCCACGGCAUCCGCUCAUACCAUGGAUGCUACGAUGCACUAUCGUAUCCACUGUUCUUCCCUAAAGGUGAACUUGGAUGGCAUGCAAAUAUCCCAAAGGUUGGUGUAUCCAUGGAUGAAGUGGAUGCAUACCGUGCGACACAUAGGGCAAAUAAUUCAAACGAUGAAGAUGCAGGUUAGUUGUUUCUUUGUACUUUGCGAUUUUUGCACAUUAUUAACUAUUCUUUCAACAUCACUCACUUUUCAAUCCUUGCGUAUGCAGAAUCUCCUACCCAUUUAUGUGUGUCCGUACGUGACUACUACUGCUACAAAUUCCAGAUUCGUCCCGGGGUAUUUAAUCCAAUACUUCAUGGAAAGCGGCUUUUCCAGCAGUUCGCUGUCGACACGUACAUCAAGAUUGAGAGCUCUCGUUUAGAUUUCAUACGUAAGAAUCAGGAUCGUUUAAGGGCAGACCUAUACCAGGGCUUGGUGGACAGCAUGUUAGAUGGAGAUAUCAGAGCAGAAAAGGUUGGGAAGCGAACUGUGUUGUCUACGUCAUUUAUUGGUGGUCCUCGUGACAUGAAACGUCGGUAUAUGGAUGCUAUGGCUCUGGUGCGGAAGUUUGGUAAACCGGACAUCUUUCUUACCAUGACAUGUAACCCCAACUGGGAUGAGAUAAGGAGAGAGCUUCUCCCUGGGCAAACACCACAAGAUCGUCCCGAUCUUGUAGUGCGUGUCUUUCAUGCGAAGCUACAGGAGUUAAAGCAUAGGCUGACUAAACAGGAUAUUCUCGGUAAGGUCCGGGCCUACGUCUAUGUCGUGGAGUUUCAAAAGCGGGGUUUGCCACAUGCCCAUUUUCUACUCAUCAUGCAGAGGAAGUACAAGCUAACGUGCCCUGAGCAGUAUGACCUUUUGAUCUCAGCCGAGAUCCCACACAACAAGUACCCUGAACUACGAAAGAUGGUUAUCAAGCAUAUGAUGCAUGGCCCGUGUGGGUCGUUAAACCCUAACUGCCCAUGCACUAAGGGCCAUGUAUCGUGCAAGAAUCAUUACCCCCGGCCUUUCAGUGACACAACCUUGCAAGGGAAGGACUCAUACCCGAUUUACAGACGUCGUGAUGAUGGGCGUAAGGAAAAGGUUCGAGGGUGCGAAUUGGACAAUAGAUGGGUUGUCCCUUACAACCCUUACCUC